GGACUAUGCUCACUUCCAAGGAAGGCUGAGUAAAGGAGAGAACAGUUUUCCUUUUCUAAGCUUUUCCUUUGCCUCUGAGAAAGUUUGAGAAGAAAGAAGAAACACUUUUGAUUAGGAGGGAAGUUAGCUAAACAACAGCGGACAAGCAGAGAAUAGCAGGUUGUAUUUAUUUUUAGCGUCUUUUUUGAUUGAAUUGAUAGCACGUGGCAGCAGGCUCUGCCACAGGACUCUGGAGAGUGAGGUCAUUCAGUGAUUUGUUCUUCUUUGGCAUAGCCGUUCCUGUUUAUUCAGACGCUGCACCAAUAAGGAAGCACAAUGGUUGCUGGAAUGGUCAUGCCUCUGGACAACCUGAAGGCCAUCUACGAGCAUCUGUUUCGGGAUGGCGUCAUGGUGGCCAAGAAAGACAAGCGGCCUCAGACCAAGCACCCUGAGAUUCCUGGUGUGGAUAACCUGCAGGUGAUAAGAGCCAUGGGCUCACUGAAGUCCAGGGGAUAUGUGAGAGAGACCUUUGCAUGGAGGCAUUACUACUGGUACCUCACUAACGAAGGGAUUGUCUACUUGCGCGAUUACCUGCAUUUGCCUCCAGAGAUCGUUCCUACUCCGCUGCAGAGAGUACGACGGCCGGCUGCCACUCUGGCCAUCGCCCGCAGGGCGGAACGGGUCCAAGCCGUUCAGGGUCCAAUUUCUUAUGUUCCCAAACCCGGCAAGAUGGAUGCAGAAAUGCAGGAGGCUUUUCUGGAUCGUCAGGAGUACCGUCGCAAAACGGCGAGCAUGGAUGAGGCUGACAUGACUGAAUCCAGUGAGAGAACACCAAGAUUUAGAGGUCGUCCCAUGGCUGGCACUCAGAUCAGACCCAAAGGAUCAUGGGAAUCCAAAGAGCAGCCCAUGCGUUCUGAUGCUCGCGAAUACACAAGAGAGAUGGAACCAAGUGUUAGGAGGAAGGUCGGUAUGCAUUCGGCCUCCCAUAUUCCGCCUGUUGAAAUGCACCAUGCCAAGCCAGUUGAGCAGGAAAAGAUGGCGGAACUCAAGGAAUGCACCAAGACGGCAUUCAUUCAGAAAACAAAAAAGGUUCAUGUGAGCCCAGAUGUGCCAACCAUUACAUCAAAAGUGGGCGCAACAGCGGCGGAAUCCUCUUUGUUUGCUGUCCAUUCUGAAGCAGUCAAAGAAAAGCCCAAACAAGAAGUGUCUAUCAAGGUCUCACAUGAAACAGCUGCUGGUCAAAGCAAAACGGCUAAGGAUGCUCGUCAUCCUACUCCCUCAAAACCAAAGGUUGAGAAAACACAGAAAACCCUUGUGACAAAAAAUGUGCAGGAUGUGCCAGCGGUUUCAUCAGCAGAGGGAACAAUUGCAGUGGAAUCCUCUGUAUUUUCGGUCCAUACUGAAGCAGUCAAAGAAAAGCCAAAAGAAGAAGAAUUUGUCAAGGUCUUCCAGCAAACUACUUCCACUGUUAUAGGUGAUAGCAAAAUAGCUAAAGAUGCUCCUCGACCUACUCCUUCAAAACCAAAGGAGGAGAAAACACAGAAAACUACCAUGGUGAAAAAUGUGCAGGAUGUUUUAGCGACAGUAGAGGCAACAUCAGGCAAAUCCUCUGUGUCAUCUGUUCCUACUGAAGCAGCAAAAGAAAAGCCCAAGGCAGAGGUGUUUAGUAAGGUCUCUACGAAAACCACAUCCACAGUAGCAGAUAAGAGCAACACGGCUAAAGAUGCUCCUCAUCCUACUCCAUCAGAACCAAAGGUGGAGAAAACACAGCUAACCUUGGUGGCAACAAAUGCACAGAAUGUGGCAUCUGUUUCAUCAGCAGUUAAGACAGCUGCAGCUGAAACCUCUACUGAAGCAGUCAAGGAAAAGCCCAAGGAAGAAGUGUGUAUCAAGGUCUCUCAAACUGCACCCAAAACAGAUAAGGAUAGCCAGACAGAUGAUACUUCUCAUCCUGCUCCAUCAAAACCAAAAGCGGAGAAAACACAGAAAACCACAAAGACCAAGAAUGUGCAGGAUAUAUCAAUUGUUUCAUCAACAGUGGGAGCAGCAGCAGUGCAGUCUGCUAUAUUUCCUGUCAUUGCUGAAGAAAAGCCAAAGGAAGAAGUGUCUGUUAUUGUCUCCCAGGAAACCACAUCCAAAAGAGACAGCAAAACAGAUAAGGAUGCUGCUCGUCCUACUCUGUCAAAACCAAGGGUGGAGAAAUCGCAGCAAGCCACUGUGACCAAAAAUGUACAAGAUGUGCCAAUUGUUUCAUCAGCAGUUGAGACAGCUCAAGUCAAAGACAAGCCCAAGGAAGAAGUGUGCAUCUCUCAAACCACACCCACAGGUGAUAGCAAAAUGGAUAAGGAUGCUUCUCAUCUUACUGGAUCAAAAGCAAAAGUAGAGAAAACACAGAAAACCACGAAGACCAAAACGGUUCAGGCUAUACCAACUGUUUCAUCAACAGCAGUGGAAUCCACUGUAUUUUCUCUAUCAGCUGAAGCGGUCAAAGAAAAGCCCAAGGAAGAGGUGUUUAUGAAAAUCUCCCAGGAAACUACAUUCAUAGGAACUGACGAUACCAAAAUUGCUAAGGAUGCUCCUCAUCCUACUCCAACAAAACCAAAGGCGGAGAAAAUACAGAAAACUCAGGUUACAAAGAAUGUGCAGGAUCUGCCAGCUGUUAUAUCAGCAGUGGAGACAACUGCAGUGAAAUCCUCUGUCUCUACUGAAGCAGUCAAAGAAAAGUCCAAGGAGGAACUGUGUGUCAGUGCCUCUCAAGAAAUCACACCCAAAGGUGAUAGCAAAGAGGAUAAGGAUGCACCUCAUCCUGCGCCAGCACAACCAAAAGUGGAGAAAGUGCAGAAAACCACAAAGACCAAAACGGUGCAGGAUAUACCAAACAUUACAUCAACAACAGUGGAAUCCUCUGUAUUUUCUGUCUCGGCUGAAGCGGCCAAUAAAAAGCCCAAGGAGGAGGUGUUUAUGAAAGUCUCCCAGGAAACUACAUUCACAGGAACUGACGAGAGCAAAACGACUAAGGAUGCUCCUCAUCCUACUCUAUCAAAACCGAAUGUUGAGAAAACUAAAACUGUGCAGGAAGUGCCAGCUGUUUCAUCAGCAGUAGAAACAACUGCAGUGAAAUGCUCUAUCUCUACUGAAGCAGUCAAAGAAAAGCCCAAAGAAGAAGUGUGUGUCAGUGUCUCUCAAGAAACCACAUCCAAAGGUGAUAGCAAAGUGGAUAGGGAUGCUCCUCGUCCUACUCCAUCGCAACCAAAAGUGGAGAAAAUUCAGAAAACCACAAAGACCAAAACUGUGCAGGAAAUACCAAAUGUUUUGUCAGUGGUGGAGGCAGCAGCAGUGGAAUCCUCUGUAAUUUCUGUCUCGACUGAAGCGGUCAAAGAAAAGCCCAAGGAAGAGGUGUUUAUUAAAGUCUCCCAGGAAACUACAUUCACAGGAACUGAUGAGAGCAAAACCACUAAGGCUGCUCCUCAUCUUACUCCAUCAAAACCGAAGGCAGACAAAACACAGAAAACUAAAACUGUGCAGGAUGUACCAGCUGUUUCAUCAGCAGUAGAAACAACUGCAGUGAAAUCCUCUGUCUCUACUGAAGCAGUCAAAGAAAAGCCCAAAGAAGAAGUGUGUGUCAGUGUUUCACAAGAAACUACAUCCAAAGAUGAUGGCAAAGAGGAUAAUGAUGCUCCUCAUCCUAUUCUAUCAAAACCAAAAGUGGAGAAAGUGCAGAAAACCACAAAGACCAAAAAUGUGCAGGAUAUACCAAGCAUGGGGACACCAGCAGUGCAAUCCUCUGUAGUUUCUGUCUCUAGUGAAUCAGUCAAAGAAAACCCCACGGAAGAGGUGUGUACUCAUGUCUCUAUAGAAACCACAUCCACAAGUGAUAGCAAAAUGCAUAAGGAUCCUUCUUCAUCAAAACCAAAAGUGGAGAAAACAGAGAAAACCGUGCUGACCAAAAAUGUGCAAGAACAGCCAAUCAAGGACAAAAAAGCAGGCGUCACAAAUGAAACCUCCAUUGCACCACAUGAUGUGCCUGUUGUUCCUGCCGAUGAGACAAAUUCAUCUACCUCUAUUGGCACCCAGGUGCCUGUCAAAUCGCUAGAAUCAGCAACACCACUUGAUUCCCAAAAAACAAAGGACCCCCAAGAAGCAUCUAAAGAUGACAACAUUAAAGUUCAUGAAACGUUGGAGAUUCCUUGUGCCAUUUCCGCUGCUGAGGUCAAGGCAGAGGUUAAAGGUCAAAAGCCUGAACUCAACCCUGAAUCUCAAACCCCAUCUACAGCUACUGAAGUAAAGAUCACCACAGACUCCAGCAAGACUUCAGAAGUAGUUGCUCAAACACCUAAGAAAUUGGGAUCUAAUAUAGAUUCUGAUUCCGUUCAACAAAAGCCAUCACCGGCAAAACUGGCUGAGGAACCUGCAGUCACAGCUGCAAAAGACAGAGAUACAGAGAAUGCCUCAAAGACUUCAAAAGGAAAGAAGAAAAAGCAGAAAUCUGCAAGCAAAACGUCAGCUGUAAAACAAGUCCCACCGCCUACGGCUGAGACAAAGGUGAUAGAGGUAAAGACCGAAAAUGCCAGUCAGGUUGACCCUCUUAAGGUCGAGAGCCCCGAGCAAGUUACAACAAAUGAUUCUGCAAAGACAUCCCCUGAAGGAAUGCACGCUGUGGAGAGCAUGCAGCCAACAGCUGUACAGAAUGAGGCCCCAGCUCACAAAGGGGAGGUGGAGCCUGCUCAGCCUUCGGCUGAAAAACGGGAGGUUCUGAAAGGAAAAACAUCCUCCUCGCAGAGACAGUGGGAAGCACCGGCAGCCUCAGCGUCAGCAGCAGCAGCAGCCUCGGCUCAGCUCACCCCCCUCCCCAAGCAGGGGGAACCUCCCAGUGUUGCACAACACACGCCUGCUCCUGACACACAGCAGAGCGCAGAGAAGCAGAACAGGCUCUCAGAUAGCAAGGCCCCUGUCAUCACUGGACCUCUUCCUGCCGACGAGAAUACCUGUGACGAGGAAACACAGUCCAUAGACGACGCCAUGCGGAAGAAGAUCGUUGUGGUAGAGGAAGUGAUUGAAGUGCAACAGAUUGCCAGUCCUGUUGCGGGCCAACCUGUUACACCUCCAGUGACAGAGAUUGCAGGAGAUGAUUUGGACUAUGAUGUCUUGGAAGAACUGGCCAUAGAGCGUGGCCUCCUGCCGAGUCCCGCUGAAGAGACUUGCUGGGAUCAUUCCCUACAAGAGCCAGAGGACAAAACCUUCCCCAACUUCAUAGAAGAUGAACGGGACAGAGUGCAAAAGAAGACUUUCACAAAAUGGGUGAACAAACACUUAAUAAAGCACCAGAGAGCUGAGACUCAGCGUCAUGUGAAUGACCUGUACGAAGAUCUCCGAGAUGGACAUAACCUGAUCUCUCUUCUGGAGGUCCUCUCCGGGGAGACACUGCCUCGUGAGAGAGGACGCAUGCGAUUCCACAAACUGCAGAAUGUGCAGAUAGCACUGGAUUUCCUCAGACACCGGCAGGUCAAGCUGGUGAAUAUCAGGAACGAUGACAUUGCCGACGGAAACCCGAAGUUGACGUUGGGUCUCAUAUGGACCAUCAUCCUCCACUUCCAGGUCUCCUAUUCUAUUUCAGAUAUUCAGGUGAACGGUCAGUCAGAUGAUAUGUCAGCGAAGGAAAAACUACUCCUCUGGUCUCAACGUAUGGUGGAGGGCUACCAUGGUAUCCGCUGCGAUAACUUUACCACAAGCUGGAGGGACGGAAAACUCUUCAACGCUGUUAUACACAAACACGAGCCCAGGCUUGUCGACAUGGGGAAGGUGUACCGCCAGACCAACCUGGAGAACCUGGAACAGGCUUUUUCAGUGGCAGAGCGAGAACUUGGGGUCACACGACUGCUCGACCCAGAGGAUGUGGAUGUGCCUCAUCCUGAUGAGAAGUCCAUCAUCACCUAUGUGUCCUCCCUGUACGACGCUAUGCCUCGUAUCCCAGACGUCCAGGAUGGCGUCAAAGCCAGUGAUCUGGAGCUGCGCUGGCAGGAGUAUUACGAGCUGGUGACCGUUCUUCUCCAGUGGAUCAGACAUCACAUACUCAUCUUUGAGGAGAGGAAGUUUCCCAGCAGCUACGAGGAGGUCGAGCUUCUGUGGCGUCAGUUUCUGAAAUUUAAAGAAACAGAGCUUCCCCCCAAAGAGUCGGACAAGAGCCACUCCACACACCUCUACCAGUCCUUUGAGAGUGCGGUUCACGCUGGUCAGGUUAAGGUUCCACCUGGUUACCAUCCCAUUGACGUUGAGAAGGAAUGGGGACGUCUACAUGUGGCCAUUCUGGAACGGGAGAGACUGCUCAGAAUAGAGUUUGAGAGGUUAGAACGUCUCCAGCAGAUCGUCAGUAAAGUCCAGAUGGAAUCAGGCAUGUGUGAGGAACAGCUCAACCAGACUGAGUCUCUACUGCAGACGGAUAUCCGUCUCCUGAGUGCCGGGAAACCAGCCCAGCACACCGUCGAGGUGGAGAGGGAUCUGGACAAAGCCGACGGCAUGAUCCGGCUCCUCUUCAACGACGUUCAGCUGCUCAAAGACGGGCGCCACCUGCAGGCGGAGCAGAUGUACCGCAGGGUCUACCGUUUACACGAGCGCUUGGUGAACUUGCGCAGUGACUACAAUCUAAGGCUCAAGUCCAGCAUCAGCACUGCCUCUCACGUCUCCAUCACACACAUUUCCCAGAAGCCUGUGCAGCGCGUGCGGCCCGAGCUCGAUGAGGUUACCCUUCGUUACGCGCAGGACCUGUUAGCCUGGGUGGAGGAGAACCAGCGCCGGAUCGAUACGGCCGAGUGGGGAAUCGAUCUUCCCUCUGUCGAAUCUCAGCUGGGCAGCCACAGAGGACUUCACCAAACCAUUGAGGACUUCAAGGCCAAGAUUGAGCGUGCACGAGCAGAUGAGAACCAGCUCUCACCCACUAGUAAAGGCACAUACAGAGAUUAUCUGGGCAAACUGGAUCUGCAGUACAACAAACUGCUGAACUCCUCCAAGUCCCGUAUGAGAAAUCUUGACCAGCUGUAUAACUUCGUCAGCGCCGCCACCAAAGAACUGAUGUGGCUUAAUGACAAAGAGGAAGAGGAGGUCAACUACGACUGGAGCGAACGCAACACCAACAUGGCUGCAAAGAAAGAGAACUACUCAGGACUCAUGCGAGAACUGGAACUUAGAGAGAAGAAGAUCAAUGACAUCCAGGCCACUGGAGACCGACUCAUUAAAGAUGGACAUCCAGGCAAGAAGACUGUUGAGGCCUUCACCGCAGCUCUGCAGACGCAGUGGAGCUGGAUCCUCCAGGUGUGCUGUUGCAUUGAAACUCAUCUCAAAGAGAACACUGCAUACUUCCAGUUCUUUGCUGAUGUGAGAGAUGCUGAGGAGAGGAUAAAGAAGAUGCAGGAGACCAUGAAGAAGAAGUACAUGUGUGACCGCACCACCACUGCCACUCGCCUGGAGGACUUACUCCAGGAUGCUGUUGAGGAAAGAGAGCAGCUGAACGAGUUCAAGUCUGACAUCGCCAGCCUGAACAAGAGAGCCAAAUCCAUCAUCCAACUGAAGCCGCGCGACCCAACCACCCCCUUCAAAGGCAAACUGCCCAUCCAGGCCGUGUGUGACUUCAAACAGAUGGAGAUCACCAUGCAUAAGGGCGACGAGUGCGCGCUCAUCAAUAACUCACAGCCCUUCAAGUGGAAGGUUCUGAACCGCUCAGGAAAUGAGGCCAUUGUGCCAUCAAUCUGCUUCCUGGUGCCGCCCGUCAACAAGGAGGCUGUGGAUGGCGUGUCCAGUCUGGAGGCCAGUCACCAGCAGACUCUGACUUUGUGGCAGAAACUUCAUGUCGACCUUAGAAGUCUGCUGUCCUGGCAAUACCUGAUGAAAGACAUCAAUCUCAUCCGCUCCUGGAACAUCACUAUGUUCAAGACAAUGAAGCCGGACGAGUACCAGUUGAUGCUGAGGAACCUUCAGCUGCACUAUCAGGACUUCCUCAAGGACAGCCAGGACUCAAAGCUUUUCGACAUCAGUGAAAACAUGCAGAUCGAGAGGGACUAUAAGGAGACCACACAGCAUUACGACAACCUGAUCCGCACUCUGGAGAAAGGAGCAGCUGUCAGAGCACAGGGUGAGCAGGAUGAAUCCACAUGCAAGUCAUACAUCACCCAAAUCAAAAACCUGCGCCUGCAGAUCGAAGAUUGCGAGUCUCGUACGGUGGCCCGUAUCCGACAACCUGUGGAUAAAGAUCCGCUCAGAGACUGCAUUCAGAAGACUGCCGAUCAGAGAAAAGUGCAAAUGGAGCUGGACGGAAUUAAGAAGAACCUGGACAGAGUGUCUCAGAAAGCUGAGGAGAUCCUGUCCUCGCCGGAGCAGUCCAGCACUCCAGUCCUGCGCUCAGAGCUGGACAUCACUCUGCAGAAGAUGGACCAAACCUACAACCUGUCUUCAGUCUACUUGGAGAAACUUAAGACAAUAGAAAUUGUGAUCCGGAACACACAAGGAGCUGAAGAUGUGGUGAAGAAAUAUGAGAAUCGCCUGCGUGAGGUUCACACAGUUCCUACAAACGUCCAUGAGGUGGACAACUACUGUUCAGAGCUCAAGCGAAUGCGUUCGGAGGCAGAAAACCAGCGGCCCGUGUUUGAUGACAUGGAGAGCGAGCUGGCCAAGGCCACGGCGGUCAGCCAGCGCAUGGUUCAGAUUCACACCGAACGCGACGCUGAGCUUGAUCACUACCGGCAGCUCCUGGGCAGCCUGCAGGACCGCUGGCGCGCCGUCUUCGCCCAGAUCGACCUGCGUCAGCGCGAGCUGGAGCAGCUGGGCCGGCAGCUGGGCUACUACAGGGAGAGCUACGACUGGCUCAUCCGCUGGAUCGCAGACGCCAAACAGCGGCAGGAGAAGAUUCAGGCCGUGCCUAUAAUCGACAGCAAGACGCUCAAAGAACAACUGGCACAGGAGAAGAAACUGCUUGAAGAGAUUGAGAAAAACAAAGAGAAAGUUGAUGAGUGCCAGAAAUAUGCCAAAGCUUACAUCGAUACCAUUAAGGACUACGAACUUCAGUUGGUUGCCUACAAAGCUCAGGUUGAACCUUUGACCUCUCCUUUGAAGAAAACCAAGAUGGAGUCUGCCUCUGAUAACAUCAUUCAGGAGUAUGUGACUCUGAGAACCCGCUAUAGUGAACUGAUGACGUUGACCAGUCAGUACAUCAAGUUCAUCACAGACACGCAGCGGCGCAUCGAGGAAGAGGAGAUGGCGAAUGCUCAGCAAGAGCAAAUUAAACAGGAAAAAACAAUUCUCCAGCAGACAUUUAUGUCAGAAAAGGAGAUGUUGUUGAAGAAGGAAAAACAAAUUGAGGAUGAAAAGAAGAGGCUAGAGAGCCAAUUUGAAGAAGAGGUCAGAAAGUCAAAAGCCCUUAAAGAUGAGCAGGAACGCCAAAGAAAACAAAUGGAGGAUGAAAAGAUGAAACUGAAGGCCACUAUGGAUGCUGCUCUGAUAAAACAGAAAGAGGCUGAACAAGAGAUGCUCAACAAGCAGAGAGAAAUGCAAGAACUUGAGAGGAAAAGGCUUGAACAAGAAAGAAUUCUUGCUGAUGAAAACCAGAAACUGCGUGAGAAACUUCAGGAGCUUGAGGUUGCUCAAAAAAUCACCCAGGAGAUUCACAUCCAGACAGAAUGCAAAAAAGUCCUCAAUGGUCAAAGUAUUUCUGAAGAAGUUGACAGUUUCUCUCCAUUAUCCUUCGAUGGCAUUCGUGAGAAGGUGCCUGCAAGUCGACUUUACGAAGUAGGACUUUUAAGCAAAAUGGAUUAUGAUAAGCUCCAGAGUGGUGAUACCACAAUUGAAGAACUCAGCAAGUCAGACAAACUUAAAACAGUUCUUAAGGGCAAGAACUGCAUUGGUGGCCUGCUUGUUCAUCCGAAUCAAAAAAUGCCCAUCUAUCAAGCCGUCAAGGAGAAGAAGAUUGCUCCUGGGACAGGGCUAGUGCUGCUGGAGGCACAGGCUGCUUCUGGUUACAUCAUAGACCCGGUUAAAAACAAGAAACUCUCUGUCAAUGAGGCAGUUAAAGAGGGUCUAAUUGGACCUGAACUUCACAACAAGAUGCUGUCUGCAGAGAGAGCUGUUACUGGCUACAAGGAUCCAUACACAGAGGCAAAGAUCUCCCUCUUUGAAGCUAUGAAGAAGGGUCUCAUUGGGGAGGAUCAUGCCAUCAGGUUGCUCGAGGCUCAGAUAGCAACAGGUGGUAUCAUUGAUCCGGUCAACAGUCAUCGCGUACCGAAUGAAGUAGCCUAUAAGCAGGGCCAGUUCGAUGCAGCCACCAAUAAAGCCCUACAAAAUCCAACAGAUGAUGUCAAGGGAUUCUAUGAUCCAAACACCCAAGAAAAUCUGAUGUACCAACAACUAAUAGAAAGGUGUGUCACUGAUCCAGGAACAGGACUUCUACUUUUGCCCAUUUCUGAGGAGGCUGCUCAAAAUGCCAGGAUAUUCACAGAUGAGGAAACAAGAGAUGUGUUUGACAAAACAACUGUGUCUGUGCCGUUUGGCCGCUUUAAAGGAAAGACUGUGACCAUCUGGGAGAUUAUAAACUCUGAGUACUUCAGCGAUGAUCAGAGAAAAGACCUUAUCCGCCAGUACAAAACGGGAAAAAUUACAGUUGAAAAGAUCAUCAAAAUCGUUCUAUCUGUGGCAGAGGAAAAAGAGAAGAAGAAUGAGCUUGCCUUUGAUGGCCUGAGAGCACCUGUACCUGCUGCAAAACUUCUUGAAUCAAAAGUUAUUGACAAAGACCUCUAUAACAAGUUGCAGAAAGGACAACUGCUGGUAAAAGACGUGUCUGAGAUGGAGCAUGUGCGCAAUGCCUUGAAAGGCACCAACUGCAUUGCGGGAGUACUUAUUGACUCAACCAAACAAACAAUGUCCUUUUAUGAUGCUAUGAAAAGAGACAUGAUGAGACCUGGGCCUGCCCUUCAUCUCUUGGAAGCACAAGCUGCCACAGGAUAUGUCGUAGAUCCUGUUAAAAACCAGAAACUCACAGUAGAUGAGGCUGUCAAAGCAGGUGUUGUCGGUCCAGAACUUCAUGAGAAACUACUGUCUGCAGAGAGAGCUGUCACAGGCUAUAAAGAUCCUUACACUGGAAAAACUGUUUCUCUGUUUGAGGCUAUGAAGAAAGAUCUGAUCAUGAAGGACCAAGGAAUUCGUCUGCUUGAUGCACAACUAGCAACCGGAGGCAUCAUUGAUCCUGUUCAAAGUCACCGUAUUCCACAUGACAUUGCCUGCAUGAAGGGCUGCUUUGAUGAUGCAACCCGCAAGUUUUUGAGCAGCCCAACUGAUGAAGUUAAGGGAUACUUUGACCCAAACACUCAGGAAUAUAUCACAUAUCCACAGCUUUACAAACGAUGUGUCACUGACAAAAAGACUGGCCUUCAGCUUCUGCCACUGUCUGAACAAGCCAUCAAUGCCAAAGAGGAGAUGAAGUACACUGAUGCCCAGACCAAAGACGCAAUGACUCAGGCAACUGUUGAAGUUCAGAGUGGACCUUUCAAAGGGAGAAAACUUACCUUAUGGGAGCUCAUUCACUCUGACUAUCUCACUGAAGAGCAAAGGCUUGACUUAAUAAAGCAAUACAGAUCUGGGAAAAUUUCAAUUGAGAAGAUUAUAAAGAUUGUAAUGGAAAUUGUCACUAAGAAAGAUGCCAAGAAACAAGAAGAGGGCUGCUUUAAGGGACUUAGGGCACCAGUUCCGCCUAAGUCAUUAUUUGACUCCAAAAUCAUUGACAGGUCUACCUAUGAUUUGCUGGAACAAAGUAAACAGACACCAAAAGAGGUCAGCAAAAACACUUCAGUCAACAAGUAUCUCCAAGGCUCUGAGAGCAUUGGUGGAGUUUACCUUGAGCCUACAAAAGAGAAAGUCAGUAUCUACCAGGCAAUGAAAAAGAAAUUCCUUAGACAGAACACAGGUAUCGCCCUUCUUGAAGCUCAAGCUGCCACAGGAUUCAUUGUGGAUCCAUCAAGAAAUGAAUGUCUCACUGUGGAUGAUGCUGUUAAAGCAGGUCUUGUUGGUCCAGAGCUUCAUGAAAAACUUCUCUCUGCUGAAAAAGCUGUCACUGGAUAUAAAGACCCAUUCACAGGCAAUAAGAUCUCACUAUAUCAAGCCAUGGAGAAAGACCUUAUCCCCAAAGAACAUGCCAUGCCACUCUUGGACGCGCAACUGGCAUCUGGUGGAAUUAUUGAUCCAGUGAACAGUCAUCGCAUUCCUUUCGAGACUGCAAUCCAGCGUGGAUAUGUUACCAAACAGUUAGCCAGCAGCAUUGCUGAAAGCAAGUGUUUCUCAGACCCUGCAUCUGAUGAGAACAUAUCAUACAAACAGUUGAAAGACAAGUGCAUGACAGAUCCUGAUACAGGCUUACAUUUACUAAAGCUCUCCAAACCACAGGCCCCAACUGUUGUGGAGAAGACAUACCUUUACAGUGAAGAACAAACCCAGAGUGAUCUAUCCAAUACCCAGAUUGAUCUACCCAUUGAAGGUCAGGGCUCUAUGUCUCUCUGGGAUGUCAUGAAUUCAAAUCUCAUACCCGAAGAUCAGAGGGCUCGGCUUCUAGAAGAAUAUCGCUCUGGCAAUUUAACAAAGGAACGAAUGAUAAUCAUUGUAAUUGAGAUUCUGGAGCAGAGGGAAAUCAUCAGAGGUGGAAACGGCCAGACUGGCAGCUCAAGAAGACGCCAAAUCACUAUUGAAGAUCUCUACAAUGCCCGCAUCAUUGACCUUGAGACGUACAACCAGCUGAAGAAAGAGAACAAGACUAUGCGUGAUGUUAUGGAGAUGCAAAGUGUUAGGCAGUAUUUGUUUGGAACUGGCAGUGUUGCUGGUGUGGUGACUGAUUCAAAUUCCAAGAUGAGCAUUUAUCAAGCAAUGAAGAGAGAAAUCAUUCAGGCAGACAUUGCAAUUGCCCUCUUGGAGGCUCAAGCGGCCACUGGAUUCAUUGUUGAUCCUGUCAGGAAUGAAAUGCUCACUGUAGAUGAAGCGGUGCGCAAAGGCGUGGUGGGCCCAGAACUUCAUGAUAAGCUCCUGUCUGCAGAGAGAGCAGUCACUGGCUAUAAGGAUCCAUACAGUGGAAAGGUCAUCUCCCUCUUCCAAGCUAUGAAAAAGGACCUUGUCCCAGAGGACUAUGCCCUAAGGCUUCUUGAAGCUCAAACAGCAACAGGUGGCAUCAUUGAUCCAGAAUAUAACUUCCACUUGCCAACAGAGAUUGCCACCCAACGUGGCUAUAUUAACAAAGAGACAAAUGAAAAGCUCUCCGAUGAGGUUAAAGGAUUCAUUGACCCAUUAACUAAUGAAAAAGUGUCAUAUUCUCAGCUUCUCAAAAGAUGCAAGGUUGACAAAGAUGGGCAAUAUCUGUUGUCUCUAGGAGACAAAAGACUACUCUUCAAAGGUCUCAGAAAAGAAAUAACAAUAGAAGAGUUAUUACGCUCAAAAAUCAUCGAUGAACAAACAGUCAGCAAACUUAAUGAGGGACUGCUAACAGUGGACGAGGUGAGCAGUAGCUUGCGGAAAUAUCUUGAGGGCUCAAGCUGCAUUGCUGGCGUGUUUGUGGAGUCUACUAAAGACCGUCUAUCUAUCUACCAAGCCAUGAAAAAGAAUAUGAUCAGACCAGGCACUGCUUUCGAGUUGCUGGAAGCUCAAGCUGCCACAGGUUAUAUCAUUGACCCUAUCAAGAACCUCAAAUUAACUGUAAAUGAAGCAGUCAAGAUGGGAAUCGUCGGCCCAGAGUUCAAAGACAAGCUCCUUUCUGCUGAGAGGGCUGUGACUGGCUAUAGAGAUCCUUACACAGGCAAAACGAUUUCACUGUUCCAGGCUAUGAAAAAAGGCCUGAUUUUGAGAGACCAUGGAAUUCGUCUUCUUGAGGCCCAGAUUGCUACUGGAGGAAUCAUUGACCCAGAGCAGAGUCACCGGCUGCCAGUCGAAGUGGCCUACAACCGAGGCUUUUUCGAUGAGGAGAUGAAUGAGAUCCUCAGUGACCCAUCGGAUGACACCAAGGGCUUCUUUGACCCAAACACAGAAGAGAAUCUUACCUACCUGCAACUGAUGGAAAGGUGUAUUAUCGACCCAGACACAGGACUUGUGCUCUUGCUUCUCAGAGAAAAGAAACGCGAGAGAAAGACCUCUUCCAAAUCUUCUGUUCGCAAACGCAGAGUUGUCAUCGUUGAUCCUGACUCUGGCAAAGAGAUGUCUGUGUAUGAAGCCUACCGCAAAGGACUAAUUGACCAUCAGACUUACAUUGAACUUUCAGAGCAAGAGUGUGAAUGGGAAGAAAUCACAAUGACAUCAUCAGAAGGGGUAGAAAAGUCUAUUCUCAUUGACCGAAGAUCAGGUCGACAGUAUGAUGUUGACGAUGCUAUUACAAGAGGCCUUAUUGACCAGAGUUCAAUUGAGCAGUACCGCUCUGGCACCCUUUCUAUCACUGAAUUUGCUGACAUGUUAUCUGGAAACAUCGGUGGCUUCCGCUCCCGAUCCUCUUCCUUUGGCUCCACCUCCUCUUAUCCAAUGAGCCCCGUACCUUCCAUCAAAACUCCUGCAACUGUAUGGAACGAUCCAACUGAGGAGACCGGUCCUGUGGCUGGAAUCCUUGAUACAGAUAGCCUAGAAAAAGUUUCCGUCACUGAAGCCAUGCGGAGGAACUUAGUGGAUUCUAUAACUGGCCAGAGACUGUUGGAGGCGCAGGCUUGCACCGGUGGCAUAAUAGACCCAUCUACUGGAGAGAAGUUCUCAGUUGCCGAAGCAACACAGAAGGGUCUUAUUGAUAAGAUAAUGGUUGACAGACUCAACUUAGCCCAGAAAGCUUUCCAUGGAUUUGAGGAUCCUCGCACUAAAGCCAAAAUGUCUGCUGCUCAGGCUCUCAAGAAAGGCUGGCUUUAUUAUGAGGCAGGGCAGCGUUUCCUGGAGGUGCAGUAUCUCACCGGUGGCCUUAUUGAGCCAGAGACUGAGGGAAGAAUCUCCGUAGAGGAGGCAAUCAGGAAAGGUGCUAUUGAUGGUCGUACAGCGCAAAAGCUCAGAGAUGUGAGCGCUUACACAAAAUAUCUUACGUGUCCAAAAACCAAACUGAAGAUCUCCUACAAAGAUGCCAUGGACAGAAGCAUGGUUGAAGAGGAUUCUGGCCUUAGGCUUCUGGAAGCUUCAUCAGUAUCCAGUAAAGGUCUCUACAGUCCCUACAAUGUCAGUGGUGCUGCAUCUGCUUCUGGUUCUAGGUCUGGAUCCAGGACAGGCUCUAGGUCAGGCUCGAGAAGAGGCAGCUUUGAUGCUACUGGCUCUGGAUUCAGCAUGAACUUCUCAUCGUCAUCAUAUACUUCCUCUAGUUACACCCGCAGAUUUUAAAGCUGGACCUCACGACAAACCUACCACAUGGUCCUGCAGCUUUCAUAUCAGUGCUGACUCUAUACACUACAGUUACAUAAUACACAGAAAUUAAUUAGAGAAAAUCACUUUAUUCUGCUUUGCAUGCGUUUGGUAUAGGAAAGUGCAUUCCAAAAACUACCAGUAUCUCGUUGUCUGGCGACAGUUAAGUUCCCAUUUUAUUUUGGAUGCUUUAGAACUAUUAGCUUUAAUCAUAGCUCAAGCUGUCUAAUUUUAGGUUUAUUUCAGUUCAGACAAAUAUUGCAUAUUUUGAAAGUGAUAUUUUUCUUUUCUUAUUUUAUACUUCAGUACAGCAUCUAAAUUCAGCAAAUGCAGCAAAUACAUUUUUGGAGAUUUUUUUUUUUCUGAUUAGACUGUAUUUAAUAUUACUUAUUUUUGCAUUUCUACAUGUUAUUUUAGGACAUUCUUUUUAUAUUUUGGUCUAUUUCAGGACAAUGUGCCAGAAAAUAUACCAAGUUUGACAAAAAAGACAUUAGAUUAACAAAGAGUGUGGUUAUUUUCACAUAUUUGUAUAGAUUUGAUAAAUAGAUAUAUUAGACGAUGCUAGCCAUCACAUCAAAUAAAAGUUGCAGCUGGUUUCACAGAAUGUAAAAAAACACUACACUUAUACAUAAACACUAAAGGAGCAAGCACUUUGUACAACAAGCCAAUCUUAAUCUCCCCUUAUUAUGAAAGUCCAUUUUUCAUUUACUGGAUCCAGUCCCUCUCCAAAGUCAUUUUCAAAACUCCUGACUACUUUAUAAAGGAGUCCUUAAGGCCCAGAUUACUCUCAGUCCUCCACUGAUGUGAUAUCCAAUGAAGAUUUCAGAUGACUCAGGUCUCUGAUCCAUUCCUCCUCACUCAUAACAUCUGGACAGAUCUGGAUGAAAUGUAGUACAUAGAUCACCAGGUACUAGAUAUGGAGGACUUGAUGAUGCCACACAUUUGGUCUUGGAUCUGGAGAUAAAUGAUGCUCAUCAGCAGCUCACAUCCUUAGACAUACAGAGCCUCACUGAGGGUUUCCUCCUCCCAUUGCAUCCACCAUUUGCAUGAAGACACUAGAGGCUAGGGCUACCUUGAAGUUUGCCUUGGAUAUCAUAUCAAGAACUGACACUUUAGUGGACUGCUCAUGUUUUCAUCAGCUGGGAGCUGGACUUUGGAGUUUACAAAAAAUCAUUCAAAACAACAAAAGAAUUGGAUCCAUUAAAUUGAUCUUAAUGUGGACUUUAUUUGUAGAAUCUCUGAGUUCUACUGCCUACACUGUUUUUAGCCCCAACAUGAGUUUUUAAAUAAAGCACUCAAUGCAUUAGAUACGGUAUGCAAACCCUUGUGUUGCAUUACACAUUUACGCAACACAAAUAAAUACAGAUUACAUCUUUGACUGAAUGUAUUUAGGCUCAUUUAGUGUACGGCAAUUAAAUUUUUUAAUUUUUACAUUUCCUGUGCCAAAAAAAAACAUGUUUUGGUCACUUGUUGCCUCCCAUGUAUUUCUUUGCUUGUUGCUGUUGUUGUUUUUUUUAAUGAAUUGUACUGUUGUGUCUUUUGAAAGUACUUGACUUUUUCUUUCUUUCUUUUUUUUCAGUGUUGUAUAUGUAAAAUAUUUUUUGCAUGUUUUACUAACUUGCUAUAAAGUGUUCUAAAAAGAUGAAGAAUAGAUUUUUGAAUUAAUACCAAUUUAUGGAAGAUUAUAUGAGAUGUAUGAAAUACUAACUGGUGGAUGAACUUUUUCCUUAAGAGAUACUGGUAAUAAAGAAUGAGGUAAUAACACUAUACUCAAGUGUAAAUAAAUAUAUUUUGGAAAGAUCA